UAUAGAAUCGUUAAAAAAUGUUAUUUUAUGUUUAUUAUUUUAGACGAACUCGGACGCUGGUAAUUGAUAUGUCCUCAGACAAUGAACCUACUUGGAGAAUAUGCAGAAAAGCAGUUUGGAUGUUGAUACAAAAUGUUAAUAACUUAGCCGAUGCUGAAGCUUUACUCAACCGACAAGAGAAUGACCUUCAUAUUGCAAGCGGCAAAUGUUUCAUUUUAUUAUUGACAGCCAUUCAAACGCCGGAAAAGUCACGAUUGGAAUGCGCGCUGGCCGAGUUCAAGCGACUUGAGGCGCGAUGCGGCGCAAUGUUGGACGACGGCGGGUGGUUGGGGGCGUUCAGACGCAAACUGCAAUUCUCGUCCAGCGCCGCCGCGGGCGUGGACUACUACGAUGGACAGAUCGCGCUGGCCGACGUCACCCUGUGCAUAGUCGGACUGAUGGUCGUCAAGGUCAUAAACGGGUACAAUGUGGGUCACAUGGCUACCGCCAAAACAAUAUACACGUUGCGGCGUGCCUGGAAAAUGUACCAGCAAUGUUAUGCUUCCGUGUUGGACAUCUACCGCACCGUUUACGACCUGGACCCUGACGACAAUACUCCGAGGUGGCCGCCAGUUUUGAAACGCAGACAAUCCACGUCUGCCACCUCGUUGGCAUCGACGUCAAACGUAGAAAGUCGUAUGCAUCGCUCGGCUACCACGUCGUUUGUAACGCUACGUCAAGAUUGUGUGUCAAACGGGAUGACUAAGGACGUGGUUAGAUUGAUGGCAGCGGUCAGUGUGGGAUAUGGAGCUUUUAAUUUAAUUUUAUCAUUAAUGUCACCAAUGGUUAUCCCUCUAAUCGGAAUGUUGGGUUUUCGCGGAAACCGCCAAACCGGCUUAGAAGCUUUAGCAUUUGCCAAAAACGGCCCUGAUGUACACGCACCAUUGGCAUGGUAACUAUAUCAUAAUAAUUUUUUUUUUUUAAAUAAAAAGAAGGUGUGCAAGUCAUAGAUAAUAUAUACAUGGUUAGGACAUCCUAUACCUAAUAUACACCUAUACUGUGGUCUAUGAGUGAGAGUCUACUAUAGAUACCAAUUUUUUGCGGUUAUAGACUGCUGCAGGUUAGGGGCUAUGAAAAAGACAAUAUUUUAUCCAUCCAAUAUCUGCCAAUUUUUGUGUGUAAGUAGUCGAAAUAAUGGUUCGAUUAUACUCUUCAGUAUCUUGUUCGUUGGGAAAGUGAAUCUAUUUGGUGCAAUUUGGAUGUCAAAAUUUAAAAUUUCAAGAAGUUCUUAAAAGCGCCAGGAAAAAAAAUAAUUUAGGAAAAGCGGAAAUUUUUACGCAAAAUCGGUUUUUGAGGUUUUAGCGUAACUCUAAAAGAAAUUACCGUAGAUACAUGCAUGACAUGUCAUUUUCACUGAACAUUUGCUUUGGCCAUUUUCUAUACACCAUAAAAUAUUCAAAAUAUUUUGACUUGUUUUGAGCUGUUUACGGACAUUUUAAGUUUCUAAUGGUUUUAGGUUUCAAGUGUGUUAUCUCUUUAUAGAGGUGUAGGACGUAGACUACUAUGAUAAUAAAAAAAAAACAA